AUGGGAUCAUGCGGUCUCCAGGGAUAUUUGCCGUUGGAGCUUUGGGACCCCAGGUUCUCCGCAACUCCACAGCUCCUCAGUCCGUGGUAUGACCUUGAAUUCGAUUUUUUUUAUUUAAAUAAGUGCAGCAUGGCCCCGGUUUUGCGGGGAAUUAUUCUUUGCUUUUUCCUUGUCCUGGUAGCAAGGUCCCAUGGAGAUACGGACUACUUCGAGCUUCAACUUCAGCCAGAGCUUUACUCCUUCACUUUUGUCUUGCCUCCUAUACUUGCGCCCUCAUCAUUUGAGCCUGUGACAGAUACAGCAUUCACCAUGACCGAAGCUCAGCUCCCAUACGAGAUUACCUCCUGGCCCACGGAGAGUCUCGUUGAUUCGCAUAUGGCACAAUACGAUGAGCUCUGCCAGCACCCUUUCAUCGCUAGCGACUUUCCCCUGGGAAUACAGGAGGGACUAGAUCCCUCAUGGGCUGCCGAGCAGCUCAGCUGGGUGAAUGAAUACCCGGUUAAAUCGACCACAUUCCAACCAUAUCCGCAAAUGUGGUAUGAUGCCGGCCUGGUCAGAGAGGGCUGCGGAGGGACGAAAACCGAUAUUAGAAGUUUCUCGCUCCACCAAUCCACCCAAUCAACUCCCUUCCAAACUUCCGAGAAUCCCCCGAAUCCCGAUUUCGAGCUCGCAACACAAAGAGCCCUCUUCAUGACUCCCUCCCCAAAAGCCCUCGCCUUCCCCUUCCCCGGAUCUCCAACCUCAGAUCCUAACUCCUCUCCGGAACCAAGCCAUGCGUCAUCAAGCGGGUGGGAAUGCGAAGCCGAGCGUGAAGAUGCCCAAUACAUGCAAUUCGAUUUCGGGCCGUCCGAUUUCGGGGCCUCGGCAUUAGACACUCAAUAUCAGGCUCAGGGUCAGACCCACAGUCUCAGCUCCCCGCCCAGCUCCCGAAUCGACGAAGAGUGUCUCACACCACUCGAGAUGCCAGAUGGCAGUACCCGCAUGACAUCAAAUUGGCUUCCCGUAGACCCUGAUGCUGGCUUUGCGAUUGGCUCUUCCAUCAUGAUGGAUGAGGAUGUUGCUGCGUUUCAGGACAUGAAGCAUGCGUUCUUUCCGUCGGUCCCUGCGGCUUGGUCGUAUGAUUGA